CACGUUACGUUGCAGAACUGACUGGCACUGCCCGAUCACGACCGUCCUCAGCACAACUUGCGACGUCAAGGACGGGAGAACAUGAUGGGCCCCGUGAAAGAAGGUUUCCAGGUCCUCGGUGACAAGAUUGGUGAGUUUGAGGAUACCGUCAAUACCUCAACCUUCGGUCGUGUUUUCCGGCUCGAUGGCUCUGGUCAUCCUAAGACAGUCAAAGGCGCAUCCUUCUACCGAGAAAUCCGCGCCGGCUUCACGACCUUUGCCACCAUGGCGUACAUCAUCGCUGUCAACGCUUCUGUCCUUACCGAGUCUGGAGGCACUUGCAUAUGCAAAGGCACACCUGAAGAUCCCGGUUGCGUGCUGGAACAGGAAUAUACCGAUUGUCUCUUGGUGUUGAAGCGUGACAUGAUUACGGCGACAGCAGCUCUGGCAGGUCUCGCCAGUAUCGCCUUCGGAUUCCUGACUAAUCUUCCGGUGGCUCUUGCGCCGGGAAUGGGCCUGAACGCCUACUUCACCUACCAGGUGGUUGGCUGGCACGGCACCGGCAUGGUCCCGUACCGGAUCGCACUGACAGCCAUUUUCGUCGAGGGCUUCAUUUUCAUAUUCCUGGCUCUGACCGGUAUGCGACAGUGGCUCGUCAAGAUGAUUCCCGCCACCAUUAAGACGGCCUGCGGUGUUGGUAUCGGCUUGUUCCUGACUGAGAUUGGCUUGUCAUACUCGGCCGGUAUUGGCGCUAUCACUGGUGGACACUCGACACCGCUCGCUAUUGGAGGUUGUCCUGCUAAUAUGCUCAACGAUGAUGGCGAGUGCAUCCGCCAUAUCAUGAGAAACCCAGCGAUGUGGAUAGGCAUCAUGCUCGGAGGCAUACUAGUCGCCUUUCUGAUGGCCUUCAAGGUCAAAAGCGCCAUUAUAAUAGGCAUUGGAGUAGUCUCCAUCCUUUCAUGGCCGCGCAGCACCUCCUUCACGUACUUCCCCUAUACGACUGCAGGCCAGGAACGCUUCGAUUUCUUUAAGCAGAUCAUAGCUUUCCACCCGAUCCAGAACAUCCUCGCCGCGCAGCAAUGGAACCUCGACGGCACGAGCGCAUCCCAGUUCGCACUCGCCCUCAUCACCUUCCUCUACGUCGACAUCAUCGACUGCACCGCAACUUUAUACUCCAUGGCCAAAUUUUGCGGUGUUGUGGGCGAGGACGGCGACUUCCCUCGCUCGACUGUUGCGUAUUGCACUGAUGCCGCCUGCAUCUCGAUUGGAUCGCUCUUUGGCUGCUCUCCCGUGACGGCGUUCAUUGAAAGUGGUUCUGGAAUUGCGGAGGGUGGGCGCACUGGGUUGACCGCUAUUACGGCCGGUGUUUGCUUCCUCAUCUCGCUGUUCUUUGCCCCGAUCCUUGCCUCUAUUCCCCCCUGGGCUACUGGAUGUACUCUUGUACUGGUUGGAUGUCUCAUGAUUCGCCAAGUCACCUCCAUCAACUGGCAAUACAUCGGAGACGCAGUCCCGUCCUUCGUAACGCUAGCUUUCAUGCCCUUCAGCUACAGCGUAGCCUACGGUCUCAUAGCGGGCAUGUUAAUAUACGUCUCCCUCAACACCAUGAUCUGGGUCGUCGUGCACCUAACCGGCGGCCGCGUCACCCCCUCCAACUGGAACGAGAAAGAAGUCUACAACUGGGGCAUGGGGAAGCGAGACAUGCCGCGAUGGAUGCGCAUCCUGGCGCAAAAGAUGACCGGCAGAAACAAUCAAGACUUUGAACAGAAGGACGCGGUGGAAAUGGUUGAUACCGAGAGCUCAACGGUUCGCACCGCCUCACAACACGGCUCGUCCGAGCCUCCGGGAAGCCCGCGGGGUGCAACCCAGGAACAUUUUGGCACGGCGAUUACUUCCAGUCAGGGACAAGAGGCAGACCGGACGCACGCAAUCUCGCACUGAGAACAACAAAUCUGGUGGCUGUGCGGACGACCUCGACACGGCAGCCGCCCGGAGUCGGAUUACGGGAAGAUGAGUAUUCUGUUCCCGACGGAUGUGUUUGGGAGUUGUGGCGUUCGUUUGACACGGAGAACCCCCCGGGGACACAGCAAGCCGGAAUGGUGGUAGGCGUCCCUCCCCAUCAGGUUAUAGACUGCGAUUUCCUUGAAACUGGUUGAGCAUCAAGGUUCGCCGGCUUGCGCGGAAUGAGUAUAUAGACCCCGGGAUUUCUUCCUCGAAAAGGAAACAUUUGGUGUAAAGUAGCAAG